GUAGUUUCAUUCACUCAGAGUCACAUCUUUGGUCGAAAUAUGGCUGGUGUUAGGUUGGUUUGGCAAUGUAUGUUUACGCCCAAGUUAUACAAAGUAUACAGUGACGCCGCAGUGUACGAACCCGGCCAACUAGAAAAAUUUGGUGACCAAGUCAUUAACUCGUUAUAUCUAGCUUGGAACUUUGGGAUUUAUACAUCACCAAUUGUAGCUGCAAUAUUGCACAGGAAAGGCUUAUUUGUUGUUGAUGGAGUGCUCACAAUAGCCAAGUUUAUUACUGGUCUUGGACUCGUACUAGUUGCAUCUUACUUCAUUCGAGGUAUUGGCAGGGCCAAUAAUCAGCAGUACAUAAGAUUUGUGAGGGCCUUAAAUGCAGCAAAAAAUGAUUACAACAAAGACACAAAGAAAGCUUUAUCAGCAUAUGACUUCGAUUUCUAUGCAUGCCCAGUUGACUUCCGAUGGACUGAAGUUGUUGGGGAGGAGAAGAAAUUCAGGAUGUACGCUGACAGACCAUCGGUUCGAGGUUCAGCAGUUGAGAACGUAUUUGCUAUACCUUGUCACAUUCUCACUUACAUCAUUGCUCACACAUUUGGAGUGAAGUUAAUGUAUCCUGGAUCUAUGAAGAUGAUGCAGUACAUGCUGUUCCCAAUGCUACUACAAGGUAGAACAAAGUUGAUCACUGAACACAAUGGUCAACGAUAUAAGCUGAAAUCAAGGGAUGGAAAUGAAAUUGACACCAUGUUUGUAGACAAUAGAAACAAACAUGAAAAUGGAAGUGUCUUAAUCCUCUGUUCAGAAGGAAAUGCCGGAUUUUAUGAAAUUGGGAUUAUGACCACUCCAAUAGAGGCAGGUUAUUCUGUACUGGGAUGGAACCAUCCAGGUUUUGCUGGCAGCACAGGAGCACCUUAUCCACCUCAAGAACUUCAUGCAGUUGACAUUGUAAUGCAGUUUGCACUUCACAAGCUCGGGUUCAUGCCAGAAAAUAUAGUACUUUUUGGCUGGAGUAUUGGAGGAUAUGCAACAACAUGGGCAGCAAUGAACUAUCCCGAUGUGAAAGGAGUGAUACUGGAUGCUACAUUUGAUGAUGUUAUGACAUUAGCUGUCACGCGAAUGCCACAAUUGCUGGAGCCUAUUAUAAGACAAACUAUACGCAACCAUUUGAAUCUUAAUAAUUACCAGCAGCUGGCUAGGUAUCCUGGGGCAGUGUUAAUCAUUAGGAGAACUGAAGAUGAAGUAAUUUGUACAGAGGACAUGAAUCUUGCUUCGAAUAGAGGUAAUCACCUGUUACUGAAAUUAUUGAAACACAGGUAUCCAUUGAUUGUAGACAAUGAAACAGUACCAACUUUAAUUGAAUGGCUUAGUGCUGACAGUACUCAGCAAUCUCAGUUGUGGAACAAACAUGCCGUCGAUGAGAGUCUCUGCACUUCAGUAUUACUUUCUUACAUAGCAGAGAGCUCUACUUCAUAUCCAAUGCUUCUUGGUGAAGAGUUUGCAAAGGACCUGAAAAUACAAAUGACAUUGUUUCUUGCAUCGAAGUACAUGAUAGACUUCAGAUCAAGUCAUUGCACACAGCUGCCUACAAAUUUAUUCAGAAUGCCUUGGGAUCUCUCUCCGGAAUCUGAUUAUGUAAAAAUAUGAAGAAGCAGUAAUUAUGGAGAUACGAUUAAGAAAAUAAGUGAUACACUGUUUAUGGAUGUAUACUGCAUAAGAUUUUACAUUGUAGUGCUUUUAUUGUGUAUCUAUGUAUAUAGUCAGAAUGAUACCAUGCAUUCCAUUUCAUUUUUCUUUGUAUAUUUAUUUUCAUUGACUCAUCAUUAUAUAGAGCUUACAACUGGUAAUACUCAUGAUUUUUUUUUCCCUUCUCUGUAAGUGUUUAGUGUGUAUACAGUUGCUCCAUGUGUUUAACUCUCUGUGGACCUUUUGUGGUAUUAGGUAUUUGCAAACAUUUUAAAUACUCAUUUGACUGCAAAAUAUGCUUUGAAUCUGGAUCAUGCAUGACACUUUUAUUUUUAUUUUUAUUUUCUGUAAUUGUUUUGUAUCGGAAAAUUAUGAAAUUCACUUAAAAUGUAAAUUUUUGAAAUUGAAUAAAUAAUGUUUUCUUGGUCUAUAGAAACCUUUAAGUUUAAAUGAAAGGAACAACUUACAGUUAUUGUGCACCACAUUGGUCCUGAUUUUCCAGACUGUCUGUUGUGGUGCUUUUUUCCCCAAUGAUUAAGUGUAGGAGUUUUUUACAUAUGUGUGUCGCAAGAAAUUAGAUCUUUAACUUAUAUUUUACUUUGACAUCAAUGUCAGAAUUUUUGUGACUUCAUUUUAAUUUUUCCUGAAAUGAAAUAAACAAUUUUUCCCUGAAAUGAAAUAAACAAAACAUACCCACCAGAAAGAUAAUGUACUAGAUGUUGUGCACUAUGCAUUAUUUUUGGCAGUUACUCUGUCCACUCAGUGGGUAUUGUAGGCAAAUGAAUUAAGUAAUUUGUACUUCCUAUCGCAAACUAUUGUUAGGUUUUUAUUUGAUUUAUUGUCAAGAAAGUUGCAUAAUGUAUUUGUAGCAUUUCCACAUAUAUAAGACAAGCUUAUAAUUCAGUAACUGAAAUUAUUUCUAAAACGAGGAGCACACAGUUUUCUUUCCUUGAGUUCAUAACUUUGGCAGCUUAAUUGUUCAGAUAAAUUCAGUGUUUCUGAUCACUGGUAUUAUUUCGUAUUUGGUUGAUUUUGGAACCGCAUUUCCUUAGUCAGUGCAUGUGUUGUGAAUAGCAUGUAUCUGAAUGCAAAAUGUGUUUGUGCGUGUCUAUGAUUUGACAAGUUGUUGGUGUUAUCAGUGUGUGUUUAUCCACUGUAAAUGGAAAAAUUGUUCAUCCAGAUGAUUUCAACUGUGAUUCAGCUGUAAGUUUUUAUUGUUUGCUCAUAUUU